UCCACCAUUUUGACUCUCUCUCUCAAAAAAAAAAAACACUUUCUCUCUCCUCCUUUUCCAGCCAACUCUAUAUAAACCCCUUCAUCGACGCCAAACUCAUUUCACACCGCGCAUUUUCAACCUUCUUCCUUUUUCUUUCAAAAAUCAACACUAAAAAAAAAACAUAAAAUCCCUUUCAAAAAAUAUGAAGGUUGAAAGAUCAUCAUCUUCACCUAAUUGUGGUGAUUCGGGUAAUUGCAAAACCAUCUUCGUCGUCGACAACGAUAACAACAAGAAGCAGGAAUAUAAGCAUCUUUAUAAUACUGAUGAUGAUGCUAGUGUUGGUAUCUUGGAUGAUGUUGAUCAUGAUUAUUAUGAUGUUCUUAAAGAUCACUUCUUCGUUCCGCCAUUGAAUUUUUCAUUUGUUGACAAUGGCGUCUUUCGGUCCGGCUUCCCCGAACCACCCAAUUUUCCUUUCCUUCAAUCUUUAGGUCUUCGUUCUAUUAUAUAUUUGUGCCCGGAACCAUAUCCUGAGACGAAUUUGGAGUUCAUCAAGAAUAAUGGUAUCAAGUUAUACCAAUUUGGAAUUGAAGGUCACAAGAUGGCAACUAAAAAUAGGCAAAAUGAAGUUGAAUGCUUUAGUGAAUCCAACAACUCAAAGAAUAUGCUGAUUCAAUUGGUUGUUUUGAGUUUAGCCCUUGAGUGUAAUGCGGCUUCACAGCCCAUGGUGACUAAUCAGUCUCUAAUCAUGUUCAAUUUCUUGCAGGAACCGUUUGUAAACAUCCCAGAUGAUGCAAUACGUGAAGCUCUAAAAGUUCUCCUAGAUGUUAGGAAUCAUCCAGUUUUGAUACACUGCAAAAGAGGAAAGCACCGAACAGGCUGCCUGGUGGGAUGUUUAAGAAAAUUACAGAAGUGGUGCCUGUCAUCCGUUUUCGACGAAUAUCAACGUUUUGCAGCAGCAAAAGCUAGAGUCUCAGAUCAAAGAUUUAUAGAGUUGUUUGACACAUCUAACUUCAAGCAUCUUCCCAUUUCCUUUUCUAAUUCGAAAAGGUAACUAACCAAGCAAAUCAUGGUACAUACUACUGCCUUAGAAUAAUUUGGAGAAGGUAUGAGUAUGUGUUCCUUAAGCACAUUAAUGCUAUGAAAGGCUUAUUAUUCGAUUUUUCGAUGAUACACUCGAUCUCCCAUCAACAAUUGAAAGUAAUUCAAUGCGGAAAAAUAAAAAGGCAUCGUUCAUUAGGCUCAAAUAGCUACUAUAGCUUACUAUACGUCUCCUCUUUUAGUCCAUUUUAGUUUACCUACCAUGUGUUACUUUUCUCAAAAUGUAGUUAGAUUUUACGUGUUCUUCGAAAUUUACGUACUUAUUUAGCUUAGCUUAGUACUUCAUGUAACACUUCUAAGUGAUGAAAGACAGUGAAAGCGUUAGGAUGACAGAUUGACAGCUCGUCAAUCUUCUCCAUAUUUAUCUAGUUGUUUCUACCAAUGAUUAUUAUGAUGAAAAAGACGUCGAAAAUAAUUGUAUUACUCAUACUAACCGCCCCUAGCUAUUUGGCAAGUUGAAUGUAGCGAAAAUGUUGUACUCUGUAGGAAAUUGAAUUCUUUUUUAAUGUACUUGCAAGGAGCUGUCAUUGUAAGAAAUCUCAUCCAAGUGUGGUUCUUGUGAAACCGGAGUAUAAAGGUUUCGAAAAUCAUUGUCUUCCUCGAUUUUUAGUCGAUAAUUCGAAGAUCUCUACCCUUACUAUAGGGUAAUUGUAACUGUGUAAUGUGACGGAUAUUGAUCUUGAAUCCUUGAGGGGUUUGUGUCUUCCAGAAUAAA